CAACGCUCAUCAAAGAACACUAUCCAUCAAGGACCUGGAGAACCAUUACACCGAGAGGUAAAGUUGUUUUGGAUGGGAAGAGUAUCAGCAAAACAUUAGCUAGAUCUACCUCCAAAGAGCUGGAAUGGAUGCAUGGUGGACAGUAUGGGGAACUGAGGGACCACUUCAUAAGAUUCUUCAGUAGACUCAGAGAUAGUGGUAUAGACCCCAUUGUAAUAUUUGAUGGGGUUGAUUAUAAUCAAGAGAAAAGGGAAACUAUAUUACGCCGAAUGAAGAAGAAAGUAAGAAAUGUCUUCAAAGGAAUUAUAAAUGAUGAAAGACCAUCAGGUUCUGCUUUCCCAAUAUUCACAGACGUUGUAUUCUGUGAGACUCUAAAAGAGCUUAGAGUUAAGUUUAUAUUUGCUGAUGGAGAUGCAGACCGAGACACAGCCCGAAUUGCUAAUCACUAUAAUUGUCCAGUCGUUGCCAAUGAUUCCGAUUAUUUCAUCUUUAAUUUAAAAGCUGGAUAUAUUCCAUUGGAUUGUCUCUACUGGGAUCAACAACCGGUGGAAGCCAAAUUAUAUGAACGAGAUCGAUUUGCUUAUAAAUUUUAUUUUGAUCACAAUCUAAAUCUUAUAUACCUCAUACCAGCCAUUAUGGGAAACGACUUCAUGGAUAAAGUAGAGUCACCUUCAUUGAAAAGAGACAUAAAAGCGACUAAGCGGAGAGCGAUAAAAAAAGGAACACAAAUAAAAGAAAUAAUAAAGGUUGAUGAUGAUAAUUUUGAGGAUAAAUUAGAAAUUUUAUAUUACAUUUCAAUUUUUAACACAGUGGAAGAUUUUCAAACCCAUUUAUCUAAAAUUCCUCUUGACGAUGGUCAUGAUACAGUUAGCAUUAUUGAUGAAAAAUAUAAAGAUGCAAAGGAAAUGUAUGACGUAGACAAAAUCAGUAUGGCCGACCUUGUAGAGAGCAAAAACCUGAAGAAAGCAAAUGGUACUCUGCUUCCUGAUAUUAUAAGGCAACAAUAUCGUAAAGGAUUCAUCGCUACAUCAGUAAUGGUGGUAAUAGUAUUAAACAAGUACAUAGUACCAGUGAUGAUUGAUAACCCACACGAUUACACGGCAAUGAGGAUAGGAAAACACAUCAGGAAAUGUAUCUAUAUGAUACUGUCACCAUAUUUAUCUGAAUCAGAAGUAACAGAAACAACAAUUACUCAUUAUAUGGAGGAACCUGAUGAUGAAAUGGUCAGUUGGACUAAUGUCAGCCACCUCAAUUUACCAUGUAUCGAUGAUGUGAUAGGCCUCAGUGAAGAUAAAAGAAUUGAAUUACUUUGUGAAGUAAUGAAAACACCUCUCGAAGUUCAGGCAAAGUUAGAAUCAAAAUGGAAGCUAGUUGGAGUGUCAUUGCACUAUUGGUCACAGCAUGCUCAUCCUGAUAUUCAUUUAAUUGAGGCAUUAGUUUUGUGCUUUAUUCGUUGCUCCUUCAAUGAAACAGUAUGUCCUUCUAAUAAGGUACUUGAUCAUAGAAGAGAUGAAAAGUGGCUGAAAGCAUUGCAUACUUUUGCACAAUGGAGCUGUACUUAUUAUGAUGCAUUCAGGCUCAACAAUGUCCUAAUGAAUCCGUUACCAUUCAUGUCACCAGCACUUUUGUUUAAUGGUAAACUCGUUAUGCAUUAUGCUUGUACAAGGGAAUUCAAUGUUCAAAAAAGAAAAAUCUUGGAGUCUUCGAAUGCCAAAGCAUUUUUUGACAAACUUGUGUCUGUAUGUACAUGUACCUAAAUGAUUAUUAUUGGUCUCGCCAAUGACUAAUGGGGGAAAGGACUAUAGUCAAAUGUGGUGUCUCAUUGUAUCCUUUUGUUUUGUUGUAUCCAUUUGUUAUUGUCUUAAUUAUUUGCCAUAAAAGGCAGUAUCUUAAUACUAA